AUGAAGGCUAGCAUAAUAGGGUUAUGGGCGCUCAGCUCGCUCAUUGGGGUAUCAAACGGCCUAAAUAAUAUGGAAGGCUCGCGGGAGCGCACAAAUGCGUCAAUGUCUGGGGUAGAUGUAAAUUCAGGGAGCGAUAUAAGCAUAGAGACCGCGGUUGUGGGUGCUGCGGCGAACGGGCAGGGUGCUGUGGGCGGGGUUGCGGACGAACGGCGCGGGCUUGUGUCGCUAGCGGCGCCCGCCAAGUACCCGUAUAUGGAGCACCUGGGGCUGCGGCCGCUGCCUCGCAACGCGCUGCUGGCAUCGCUGCAGUUCUACAUGCAAUCCAACUCGUUCCAGGUGGGGAAGCAGCAGGACGGUUCGGACUAUAACCACUACACCGUGUUCCCCAAGUCGAUCACGCCGGUGAUGGAGAACACGCAGACGCGGCAGCUGCACCUGCGGUUCACGCACGGGCUGUGGGACCACGAGAACUGGGGCCAGCUUCCGCACGCGGGGGCGAAGUCCGGGGGCUCUGGGGUCGAGCUGUGGGCGGUGAUGGAGGCGGGUAGCCGGGACGAGGCAUUUCGGAACUGGCUGCUGAUGACGCACUCGCUGAGCGGCCUCUUCUGUGCAUCAAUCAACUUCAUAGACUCGACCAAGACGACGUUCCCGGUCUCGUCUUUCCAGCCGCGCACGGACGAGCGGAUCCCGCUGCUGAACGGUACCAACCAUCUCUACCUCCUGCGCGGCUCGCUGGCCAAUGAGCCGGUGUGCACUGAGAACCUGACUCCGUUUCUGAAGCUGCUCCCCACCCGCGGCAGGCAGGGCUUGUCCACGCUGCUUGAGGGCCACAAGGUUUUUGGCUCGCGGUGGCACUCGCUCUCGCUCGACGUGUCCACGAUCUGCUCUGAGGAGGGUUUGUGUCACUAUGAAAUGGAGGAGUUUAUAGAACUGGCCUUGGACGUGCCCAGCACGCUUGCGCGUGUGGAACGGCCGAUUCCAAAGCCAUUGGAUGGUUCGAACUUGCGCUGUGACACCUCCAAGCACCAUGACAGCUGGACCUGCUUUCCGCUUUCGGAUAGCACGAGCGCCAAGAUAGAGCUGUCAAAGUUGUUUGGGCGCUAUAUUAUGGAUGCUACUGAGCUCUCGGACACUCCUUCCAAGGCUUGCGUUAAGGUCUCCGACAACUGGAAGGUGCUCAUAAAGGCGGGCGACGCAUAUUUUACCACCGCAACUAACUGUUUUGACGUGAAGGGCAAGAAGUGGCACGACAUCUACCUAGAUACCGACGAUACAACGAAGGUGUACCCCGUUGACAGCUCGCCCGUGUUUGUCACGAGAUCUUUGACGGGGUACUCGCAAGACAAGGGCGGUCUCCGCACGGUUUUCAGAAACCCCACGGACCAGCCCGUUAGUCUGGUGUAUUUCGAAUCUCUCCCAUGGUACAUGCGCCUGUACCUGUCGACAGUCAAGAUCGAAACAGACGACAACCUGUCGAUUAACGAUGUCAUCAAGUCGACCUACUACCUGCCAGCGCGGGACCGAGAGAGGCCUACACACUUGGAAUACCAGAUGGUCAUUCCCGCAAACACGACGUUUGCUCUGACCUAUCAGUUUGACAAGUCGCUGCUUCAGUAUGCUGAGUAUCCUCCCGAUGCGAACCACGGUUUUGAAAUUGAGUCAGCAGUGGUCACCGUUCUCUCGCCGUUCAAAUACGAGUUCAGAACUGCUACUCUGCUACUAUCGCUAUCCACCCCUGACUUUAGCAUGCCAUACAAUGUCAUCAUACUGACAUCGACCGUCAUGGGUCUCAUAUUUGGCACACUGUUUAACAUGCUCGUAAAGAAGAUCACUACCGUAGAGGAGGCUGACAAGCACAUGCAACACUCUGGGCUGAGGGCGAGAGCUCGCAGCAUCAAGCAAAAUCUCUUUGACAAGCUUGGCUCGCAAAAACUAAAGAAAGACUGA